AUGGCCACAGGAGGUGGAGAAGCUGGGACAGCACAACGAAUAUUACGCAUUACUGAUGUCGCACAGGAGCCGCUGGAAUUUCUUGCGCCUAUCAGCGGUUAUGGAAAAGAACCUCUUGUUUCACUUGAACAAGCCAUCGAACCACUUGUUCCUAUAUUACCAGAUGUUCAGAGCCACGCUUAUGUCGCCAAACAAAGAUCCAAAAAACCUGCCGAUGGAUUAACACAAGAUGAAUCCGCCUCAAUUAUGCUAUACACUAUGGGAUGGGAGCCACUUGAUGAAUGUCUCUACAACGUUUUGAAUAAUACAUUACGGGCAACGGAUCGGCAACAAAAACUGAAGCCGUGGUAUCUUUAUUUGAGACUUUUUCUAAAUGCACUCUUUCGUCUCCCGCUUCUUCCCAUAAAUGCAUACAGAGGUGUUAAAUUAGACCUUAGCAAGCGCUAUAGCGAAGGAGAGACAAUCGUCUGGUGGGGUUUCUCAUCGUGCACAACAUCUGUUAGUGUGCUAAAAUCGGAACUGUUUUUGGGAAAGACAGGUGCCAGAACAAUGUUUACUUUACAAUGUCAAUCAGCUAGAGAUAUCCGCAAGCAUUCGUAUUAUCCAGCGGAAGACGAAGUACUUCUGAUGGCGGCUACUCAGUUCAAAGUAACGGGUAAUCUUGAUCAAGGAAACCUUCACAUUAUUCAAUUGGAAGAAACUCGUCCACCAUUCCCGCUUUUACAACCAGUACCUAUUGUGGUUCCAUCAUCUAUCAAUCCAACUCCUUCAGGUAAAUAA